AGCGACUAGCCGGCACGAUGCGAUCAUCCAAUCCCAAUCGUUUCAAUCGUCUAUUCACACGGCUCUGUGCGUCGGGUCUCCCUCUAUCUUCACCUUCCCGUCCUUCCAUUUGCACUCCACUCUCAUGGCCCAGGUUUCUCAGCUGCCCUGCGACGGAGAUGGCAUUUGCAUGCUCUGCAAGGCCAAGCCUUCGGACCUGGAGACCAUCACUUGCAAAACUUGUGUCACCCCCUGGCACGUCGCCUGUCUCUCAAAUCCCCCUGAAACCCUUGCAUCUACCCUUCAAUGGGACUGUCCCGACUGUUCCUCCCCUCCCGGAGAUGUUCCGCUUCCUCCCCCCACUGCGCCUUCUAGUCACUUGGUUGCUGCGAUUCGAGCCAUUGAGGCCGAUGCCUUCCUUACUGAUCGUCAGAAGGCAAAGAAGCGCCAGGAGCUCCUCACCGGGAACUCUCACUCCGACAAGGAUGAUCGCGAUGCCACCAACCGCAAAAGUCUAAUAGGGGACGACGUUUUGGAAUUGUUUGACGAGAGAUUGAACUGCUCCUUCUGCAUGCAGUUACCAGAAAGGCCAGUCACAACUCCAUGUGGCCACAAUUUCUGCUUAAAAUGUUUCCAGAAGUGGAUUGGACAAGGAAAGAAUACUUGUGCAAAGUGCCGUUGUGUGAUUCCCUCCAAAAUGGCUAGCCAGCCCCGUAUUAAUUCUACCCUUGUAGUGGCCAUUCGUAUGGCUAAAAUGUCAAAAUCAAUUGUUUCUGGAGGACCUCAGAAGGUUUAUCAUUUCGUCCACAAUCAGAAUAGACCAGAUAAAGCCUAUACCACUGACCGUGCACAGAAGAAGGGAAAGGCUAAUGCUGCAAGUGGAAAGAUAUUUGUUACAAUUCCAUCUGAUCAUUUUGGUCCUAUUCCUGCUGAAAACGACCCAGAGAGAAACCAGGGUGUGCUUGUUGGUGAAUGCUGGGAGGAUAGGCUAGAAUGUCGUCAAUGGGGUGCUCACUUUCCACAUGUUGCAGGUAUAGCGGGGCAGUCAAGUAAUGGUGCACAAUCAGUGGUUCUUUCUGGUGGCUACCAGGAUGAUGAAGAUCAUGGGGAAUGGUUCCUUUACACUGGAAGUGGGGGUCGAGACCUUAGUGGGAACAAGCGUACGAGCAAGGAUCAGUCCUUUGACCAGAAAUUUGAAAAAUCAAACAAAGCCCUACAAGUUAGUUGCUUGAAAGGUUAUCCUGUUAGGGUUGUUAGAUCUCACAAAGAAAAGCGUUCUUCAUAUGCUCCAGAGAAGGGGUUGCGGUAUGAUGGGAUUUAUAGGAUUGAGAAGUGUUGGCGUAAAGUUGGAAUUCAGGGCUUUAAGGUAUGUCGGUAUUUAUUUGUUAGAUGCGACAAUGAUCCUGCUCCAUGGACAAGCGACGAACAUGGAGAUCGACCUAGAGCAUUACCUGCAAUUCCAGAGUUGAAAAAAGCGACAGAUAUUACGGAGAGAAAGGAAGGUCCAUCAUGGGACUUUGAUGAGAAAGAUAGUCGGUGGAAGUGGAGCAAACCUCCACCGACGAGUAAGAAACCAGUUGAAACCGAAGAUUCAGCUUCUGGGAAGAGGUCAAGGAGAAAAGUUAGGCAAUCGCAGAAUAUGAGCGUUAGAGAAAAGUUACUGAAAGAGUUUAGCUGCCUUAUUUGCCGGGAGGUGAUGACUCUGCCGAUCACUACGCCUUGUGCGCAUAACUUUUGCAAGUCAUGCUUGGAAGGUGCUUUUGUGGGCAAGACGUUCUUGAGAGAGAGAAGCAGUGGUGGGCGAGCUCUUAGAUCUCAAAAAAACGUCAUGACUUGUCCUUGUUGCCCGACAGAUAUAUCUGAUUUUCUACAGAAUCUUCAGGUAAAUAGAGAGUUGUUGGAUGUGAUCGAGUCGUUGAAGAGUAAGAUUGAAGAAGGGGAUACGUCGGAGAAGCUGUGUGAAGAAGGGACAGACGGGGAAGAGGAGGGAAAAGAGUGCAGUAGUCCUGUGGGUGUGGAAACAAGAAAGCGAGCAAAGGUGGUGGCUGAUGGUGGGGAGGAGAAUGGCGUGGGCGGUGAUGGAGACGAUUCGCCCUCAAGCCCCCUCCACGUUGAUGAUUUGGAGUGAACGCAAGUGUUGGUUGGGCCAAUUGGGCUUUUUUUGAUGGGCUUGGGUAGCAGCAUAAUUUUGGGUAAGAUGUGCGUCUCCUGUCAUUUGAUCUGAAGACGAUAUCAGGUGGCAAUGCUUUUUUAAUUCGAGACGCUAGACAAACACAGACACAGUUUUAUCAUUUUGUUUUCCGGAACUUGUGUAAAUGGGUCAGUUGUAAGUUGUAAUACACAGCGGCGGUCAUCAUGGGUGGGUUGGAAUGUACUUGCAAUACACAGCGAAUGUAGUUGUUAUGAGGGGUCAUUCCCGUUCCAACUGAUGGAUUCUCUUGGUCUUGAUUUUGGUUUGAACAUUUGGAGAAAGGUGCCGAAAGUCAUGGUUCACUAAUCAUGGGCCGUAAACGUUGACAAUUGAGCCGAAAGACCCGAGUACCACUCGUCGGCCGCUCUAUUAUUUUAUUUUUGAAAGAAACCCAUUUAAUCUCCCAAUGUUUUCCGUCCUGUAAUUUUAUCACAACUUUAAUUUGUCUCGGAAUCAAUUACUAACUUCCUUCUGGUUUUGUGAUUUA